CGCCGCCGCGCGGAGCCGUUGGCGGCGGCCGUUGGCGGGGCGCGGGCGGGGCCGCCAUGGCGCUCUCCUUGGCGCCCCUCAAGGUCUGCAUCGUGGGCUCGGGGAACUGGGGUUCUGCAGUUGCCAAAAUAAUAGGUAAUAAUGUAAAAAAAUUGCAGAAGUUUGCUUCUACGGUGAAGAUGUGGGUGUUUGAGGAGAAUAUUAAUGGAAGGAAACUGACAGAUAUCAUAAAUAAUGAACAUGAAAAUGUAAAAUAUCUCCCUGGAUACAAGCUGCCAGAUAAUGUGAUUGCUGUCCCAAACCUUAAAGAAGCUGUACAGGAUGCAGACUUGCUGGUCUUUGUCAUUCCUCAUCAAUUCAUUCAUAAGAUCUGCGAUGAAAUCACGGGACGAAUACCCAAGAAAGCUCUUGGUAUAACUCUCAUAAAGGGAAUAGAUGAAGGCCCAGAGGGACUCAGACUGAUCUCUGACAUUAUUCGAGAGAAGGUGGAAAUCGACAUCAGUGUGCUGAUGGGAGCCAACAUUGCCAAUGAGGUGGCAGCAGAGAAAUUCUGUGAAACCACGAUAGGCAGCAAAAUCUUAGAGAAUGGCCUUCUCUUCAAAGAACUGCUGCAGACUCCGAACUUCCGAAUAACUGUAGUAGAUGAUGCAGAUACCGUUGAGCUUUGUGGUGCUCUGAAGAAUAUAGUGGCAGUAGGAGCUGGGUUCUGUGAUGGCCUUCGCUGUGGUGACAAUACCAAAGCUGCUGUUAUUCGCCUUGGCCUAAUGGAGAUGAUUGCCUUUGCCAGAAUUUUUUGCAAAGGACGAGUGUCUACUGCCACCUUCCUGGAGAGCUGUGGAGUUGCUGAUCUUAUCACAACAUGCUAUGGUGGCCGGAAUCGACGGGUAGCAGAAGCAUUUGCUAAAACUGGAAAGUCUAUUGAAGAAUUGGAGCAAGAAAUGCUGAAUGGUCAGAAACUGCAAGGACCACAGACUUCUGCAGAAGUGUAUCGCAUCCUCAAGCAGAAAGGAAUGGUGGAAAAGUUUCCACUAUUCACUGCUGUAUAUCAAAUCUGCUAUGAAGGGAAGCCUGUCAAAGAGAUGAUAUCCUGCCUUCAAAGUCAUCCAGAGCACAUAUAAAAUCAAUGAGGCCAUUGCGCUAAUGCAGCUUUCUGCCUUUCAAAUUUAUAUUUGGGUUCAAGUGGAUAUAUCUAUCAUUAAGCUUCAUACAAAGCUGCUCACUAGGCAACUGUAACAACAUGAAUGUGUCUGAGAAAAUACUUUUUUUUUUCUUUAAUGCUUUCAGCCUAGUUUGACAUAGCAUGUAGUGUUGGCUUGUUGACUGUCAUUUUGCUGGCUAAAACAACUGUUUUAAGGUAAGCAGUUCAAAACUUGCACUACGUAUAUAGUGUGUAUACACAAGCGAACUGCAUGUGUGUUCCUACAAUAUAAGACAUAAACAAUAUUUGAUUGUCUCUCAUGAAGGCCCAGUCCAAAGUCCACCGGACACAGUGGGAAGAAUCCCACUGAUUUUAAUGGAGGCUGAAUCAAGCCAGUCAUCUUGAAAUACUAGGAGUCUUUCUAUUAUAACUCAUUUUUAUUGUGCAUACAUGUUGAAAUUUGAAUGUUUUGUGUAUUUUUUAUUAUAUUCUUUUAAACAAUAUUAGUGGAAACAAAUGGUAGCAGUUAUUCAGGAGGCUACAGGGAUGUUUUAAUGAACUCCAUUGAACAAUAUCAUGAUUUUUGAAAGUCUUUCAAACUAUCAUACUAUUUUGAAACCAAUUUUUAAGUGAUUUUAAAGUUUUUAAGUAUACUGUUUUAAAGGGAAUGUGCUAGAGGGGGAUUGUUACCUCUCCUUCUGUUUUUUAAUCCUUGCAUUUUUGUAUUUCUGCAUUUCUCUCUUGCCAUUCCCAGUUGUUAUGCUCUUCUAGAAUCCCAUUCCAAAAAACAAGUUGCAGAUUUUGAGCGGGAGGUUCUGAAUCCUGGCGCUUAUGGUUUGUUUUAGGGCUGUACAUGUGAUGAUUCUUCCUUGGUAUAGUUCGGGUGGAGGAGGAUGCUCUCGGGGUAUUCCACUGCUCAAAACUGUCAUGCUGUUUUUCUAGCUUAACCGUCAGGUACAAUGUGUUGAACUGCACACAGCACUGCAAGGAAUAUUUGGGUGUUCCCUGGUAGCUCAUGCUUGUGUUGUUAAAAGGAUUGUACAUUAGUAUGCUGAGUGCAUUCAUUUCAGUGCCUGCCAGUGGCUGACACGUCAGCUGGACUACCAGCCUGCACAGAGAAAUGAUGAGUUCUGAUGCUGCUCUUUAAUUUGAAAAAAAAAAAAAAAUUAGCAGGUGCUGGUUCAAGUCCUCUGUGACCAAGCCCUGAAAGCUUCUCAAAGGCAUCUCUCUUUUAUUCCCAGGUACCUCAGCUGCUUUUUUUUUUUUUUUUUUUUUUUUUUUUUUUUUUUUUUAUAAAGACAUUUUUGCUCUAUCAGGGAGGUUAAUUUGAUUUAUUAUUGUAUUAUUGGAGAAUUUGUGAUGCUCAACUGUCAAGUCAGCACUGGAUUGUGAUUUUUUUGUUCAUUUGUUUGUUAACGAGGCUGAUGCAAGAGAAGACAGAUGGAUGAAGUAUUUUGUCUUGCUUUUCUUUACAAACAUCAAAAAAAGUGUGCAGUUUGUAUAGUAAGCUGUAAACUUUUUGGUAAAUUAUAUGCCAGGCACAUAAAGAGUGGACUCAUUCUUGCAGCUGGGAGACGGGGGUUAGCAUUGAGUUUCACAGAGCUUAACACUAGGCCAGUCACAGGAAUUUGCAUCUGGUCUGAACAUCUACUCCAAACUUCUGAGCCCUAUCAGAAGUAAUUACCUUAUUUUCAGUGUUCUUGGUGAUGCCGGAAAUUGCAAGCACAAACCUUUCUGAAGCUUUGCUAUGUCAUUCACAACUUGCUAAAACAAAGAGGAUGCCUUGGAAUCAUUAUUAUCCAUACUUGAAUAGCUUGGAUCACCCAGGAAUAAGCAAGUGUUGGGGCAGUUUUGUAUAGACAAGAAGAUGCUUCAGCUCAGGGGUGCCAUUUCUUGAGCUCCUGUGGAGUUUUGCAGUAGUUCAGGAAGAUCAUGUGAAUGUCAUCAGAUAUUCAGGGAAAUUAAAGGUUAUUUUGCCUUAUUUCUGCCUUCUGAUUUAGUACUAAAUAUAAUAGAGAUGGCCAGAAGUUAAGUGAUAUCAGACAUUUGUGGAAAUUGGAGAAAUGACUGGUAGAGCUGAUGUGGAGAAAGCACUCUGCUUAGAUAGUCAAAAAAUGUUUUAAGAUUGCAGGCUUUGUUACAGUAAUGCACACAUGGAGCAUACACUCCUUGUUACAGCAUAAUUUCCAGUGUGUCUGCUUAUGUUUUGUUGUUGUUGUUUUAAUACCAAGCUGAUUGGCUUUGCCUUUAUAGAUAUAUGCAUAUAUAUAUAAUUUUUUUUUACACACAGUAUAUAGAACGAUAGUAUUUUUAAGAUAUAUAAAGGGCUAUGUGAGCUAAAUGUGAUAAAUUAAUAUAUAUUUUAAGAUGAUUUCUGUAUUAUUCCACUGAAACCCUAAAUCUUAGUUGCUGCUCUUUUGUACAGAAGCCUGUUCAGUAGGAAAUCUGGAGAAAGGCUUUCUAUGGGACUUUCUUUCAGACUGUGAAUGAUAUUCUUUUCAGACAAGAAAUGGUUUCAGUAACAACAAUAAUUUAUUUUAUUUUCUAUAGGUAUUUCACCAUUUGUACUUGCUUGUCAGUACUGGAGAACAUUCAGCUUGGCAUUGUGUUUUUCCCCCCUAAUAUUUACUGCUAAUUAUGAAACUCUGAUAUGAUCCUGAACUGAACGAUUAGAAUUCUGUUCAACAAAUGCUCUGUUUUGCCUAGUACUGGGAUAGUCUUACUGAAAACAUUAACCCCUGCAUACCAUUUUUGCAUCCAGGCUCCUAAAUUUGUAACUACUGAUCAAUUACUGAACAUUAAUCACUAAGGAAUUACAUUAUCUUUUAAUGUUAUGUACUCAUGGCCCUUGGCAUGUGUACUUUUUUAUUUAAAGGUACUCAUUUGAAAAAUUAGUACAAAUAAACAUUUUGUCUUGAGAAUCA